AUGUCGGCCUCGCCGCGCCAGCGUAAAGGCAUCGAUUGGCGAAGAACGUGGUCGUCGUCCGAAUCUAUGCAUGCCGGAGUAAUUUCUUUGCUGGAGGUGGUAGUGGUGGCAACGGUGAUGAGCAUUACGGUGGUGGUGGUAGUAGCCGUCGGAUGGUCCGCGGCGGCGACAGUGUCGGAGAGCACCCACACACACGUUGAGGAUGUUCGUCACUGCUCCGCCUCAGACGGUCAGCCGACGACGUGUUCCGACGAAGUGGCGGUCCUCAUCAAGGCCAAUUACCCCGGCGUUGUUGACCACCUUGCCAAAAAGUACGGCUUCCACAAUCUGGGCCAGCCUUUGUCCAUUUUGCAAUCGUUCGUCGUCAAAUAA